GGGGGGCGGGGGAGGAGGUCCCCUCAGCGCAGUUAAAAUGAAACUCUAGUGGUUGGAGCCAGGGCAGAGCGUGAGGGGAGCCGGCGCUGUCGUGGUUACCUUUACUACACCGGCAGAGUCGAGCUGACUGGACUCUUCAAGGGGUCGCCAUCCCGAAGCUGCGAAGCUUGGGUUCCCAGCCUGACGCGAACAGAGCCCGAGUCCCAGUCCCAGAGGGAAUCGCUCUCUGCAGACCAGUGGGACCCCGAAACUUGAACGCAACCCCCCUUUUCAAGCCUUUGUCACUUCCCCGGCUUUCUCCCAACGCGUUCUUUUAUUUUUUUCCCCCCUUCCUCUCCAUUCUCUCUUCCCCGAAGGACACAAAAGUGGCUUCCGCUGAAAGAUUAGGAGGCGGUGGGAGCUUUUCCCUUUGGAGAGCGAUUGUGUAGGAAGGAUUUUCGGGAAGCUGCUUUUUAACACCACUGCUCUUUGCUUUCUGAGCUUCCCUGUAACCCUCUGAGCGCGAUGUACAAUACGGUGUGGAGUAUGGACCGCGAUGACGCAGACUGGAGGGAGGUGAUGAUGCCCUAUUCGACAGAACUGAUAUUUUAUAUUGAAAUGGAUCCUCCAGCUCUUCCACCAAAGCCGCCUAAGCCAAUGACAUCAGAGGUUACAAAUGGAAUGAAGGACAGUUUUGUUUCUCUUCAAGAUGCAGAGUGGUACUGGGGUGAUAUUUCCAGGGAAGAGGUAAAUGACAAAUUGCGGGACAUGCCAGAUGGUACCUUCUUAGUUCGUGAUGCCUCAACAAAAAUGCAGGGGGACUAUACAUUGACCUUGAGGAAGGGAGGAAAUAAUAAGUUAAUAAAGAUCUAUCAUCGGGAUGGUAAAUACGGCUUCUCUGAGCCACUGACGUUUAAUUCUGUGGUGGAGCUCAUCAGCCACUAUCGCCAUGAGUCUCUGGCUCAGUACAACCCCAAACUCGACGUGAAGCUGACGUACCCAGUGUCGAGAUACCAACAGGAUCAGUUGGUAAAAGAAGAUAACAUUGAUGCAGUAGGUAAAAACCUGCAAGAGUUCCACUCUCAGUAUCAGGAGAAGAGCAAAGAAUAUGAUAGGCUGUAUGAAGAAUACACCAGAACGUCACAGGAGAUCCAGAUGAAGAGGACCGCCAUUGAAGCCUUCAAUGAGACGAUUAAGAUAUUUGAGGAGCAGUGUCAUACCCAGGAACAGUACAGUAAAGACUACAUCGAGCGGUUUCGCAGAGAGGGGAAUGAGAAGGAGAUUGAGCGAAUUAUGAUGAAUUAUGACAAAUUGAAAUCACGUCUUGGUGAGAUUCAUGAUAGCAAAGUGCGUCUUGAGCAGGACUUGAAGAAACAAGCUUUGGACAACCGGGAAAUAGAUAAAAAAAUGAAUAGCAUCAAACCUGACCUGAUCCAGCUCCGUAAGAUCCGAGAUCAGCACCUUGUAUGGCUCAAUCACAGAGGAGUGAGGCAGAGGCGCCUGAACGCCUGGCUGGGGAUCAAGAACGAGGACAUGGAUGAAAGCUGUUUUAUCAAUGAGGACGAUGAGAACCUGCCACAUUACGAUGAGAAAACCUGGUUUGUGGAGGAUAUCAACCGAGUACAAGCAGAGGACUUGCUUUAUGGGAAACCAGAUGGUGCAUUCUUAAUUCGUGAGAGUAGCAAAAAAGGAUGUUAUGCUUGUUCUGUGGUUGCAGACGGGGAAGUGAAGCACUGUGUCAUCUAUAGCACUGCUCGCGGAUACGGCUUUGCAGAGCCCUACAACCUGUACAGCUCACUGAAGGAGCUGGUGCUCCACUACCAGCAGACGUCCCUGGUUCAGCACAACGACUCCCUCAAUGUCAGGCUCGCCUACCCUGUCCACGCACAGAUGCCUUCGCUCUGCAGAUAAGCAGAGUGGAAGAGACAUGCUCUCCAGCAGUUUUUUUCCUAUGGUUUUUAUUAGACUACGAUGAGGGCAUUCUUUCAACGUAGACUGCUUGUUUUGCACAAGUGAUUCUGUGAAUGUGAAAUGGAGAGGCCAAGCAGUAGCUUGGAGAGAAAUAAGGGGCCCAGGGUCUCUGGACUCAGCUGUGCUGCUGCACUGAUGGACUAAGCUGGAAGCAAAUAUUGGUUUCAUGGGGUUCAGUUUUGUUGUCAGGCACCUUUAAAGGAACAGUUAGACUUGUUGUGGGUUGGGGUGGGGGUCUUAUUUGGAAGCCUCUGAAGAGUCCAUGUUCCCUUGUCCUUGACUCUGAGAGUGCAGCAGGUCACGGUUCUGCUGGGAGUUGUUUGCUUUGAUAGUCUUUCCUCUUCCCCCCAAAUAAGGAGCCGAUUUUGGCUCUGUGGUAAAAUGGGAUUUGGUUUGGGGGGAAAAACAACCAAAGGAAAAUAGGGAGGUGUGGGAUUACAUUUAUAGAGUCUAAACCAAGGAGGCAAAAGACCCCCUUCAGUUGAUGUUACUUCAAUUUUACCAAGGUAAUAUAGGCUUCAACAUCUUAACCAAUUUUUCCCUCUAAAGCACUGUGUUCAUAAAUCAACAAAGCAGCAUUGCCAGACCAAGGUCUAAGGGGGAUAGUAGUAGCUGAAUGUACACUUCUGUACCAAAACUUGAAAGAAAACUAGAAAUGUGAGUUUCAACAAACACUAAAAUUGGUCAGUGUGUUUCCUUUUGCCCUGGCCUUGCUUCUCAGAUGAGGAAUAGAAUUAUUUUGUGGAGAUAGUAAGCUUUGAGUCAUAAUGAAGUUGGUGCUUGUGUGGUGUUUCUUUAGGCUAAAGAAAGAUGUUUGAAACCCUUGUAAUUGUUUUAUGAGUAAAGAAAAGGUGCAAUCUAGUGAUUUUAGAUGGCUUGAUAUACCAAAUAAUGAUAGAGAACAUUGUUGUGUGCUUCCUCAAGUUUAAAAGCCUUGCCAAAACUAUACAAGGAUUAAUUUGCCUUCAUUUCCCCUUCCUUUUCUGGAUAGGGUUUAGGGAGCCAUAGGUAGCUAAAAGAGGACUCGAGUUUGUGGUCAGAGACCUCAGUAAAUCACAGGCACAUGGGCCCUGGUGUCCACACUGAAGGGUCCAUUACAUUACAUGUUAUUCCAUACUGUGGUUGAAGCUUUUGCCAGAAGAGGGGAUAGCAUGGAGUUCAGACGAUCUGGGAAAAUAAUCCACAAGCUUUCCUGUUUGCUUUUUGUGAGCCUGCUAUUAAGGCAGUGUGCACAGCCUGCUCUCAUUCCUUCAUGGCUGUGACGUUAGGCCAUGAAUCUGUUCCAUGUGGUUUAAGCCUUCCAGCUAAGUGAAGUUAGAGGAAAGGGCAGGCAUCUAUUUCUGGCUUCACACUCAUUUAAAAGUCCAGCUGCUUCAGAGUCAAUCCUGGAGCCAUAACAGGCUCAGUAUGACUCAGCUGCUUGAGCCCAGUGAUGUGCAGUCAGGCACUCUAGAGAAGCAGGCUGUACCUGGGUCUUGGCUCCAAAGGCCUAAGGGAAGAUGGGGUUUGGGGGCCAAAAUAAAGAUGAAUAUGACUUUCCCUGAGCACUUCCUUUGGUGACAGUGUCUAGAAUGAACCAGUCUAGAGAUAAGUCAAAAGUUUUGGAUAAUUGUUGUCACAGUUAAGGAUAGGGCAUGUCACUGAUGGCUUUUUCUUGUUCAUGCUCCAGUAUGAAAUGAGGAAAUUGACCACCCUCAGCCACUGUUUAAGGCCUGGCCUUUCUCAUAAUUGCCAGCUUGAAAUCUUACUCCAUUUUCUCAGUAGUGCCAGGCUAUUUGUUGACUGGCACACCUGUGUGACUGUGUACUGAUGUUGAACUUGCUGAAGCAGGUAUAUGCUCAAGAUUAGGUGUGAGGAAUCCCUCUGAUUCGGCACUAAAAUUUUAGUAUGUCCUGAAUGUUUUUUUUUUUUUUUUUUUUUUUUUUUUUUAUUAAUCUUUUCCAAGUAAGUCAAGAUGGUAGUGUUGAAUAAUGUCUUUACUUUGCAGGCAGAGAGCAGCAUCUUAGCUUCUGCACCUGGACUUGACUGUGGAGAAAGGCUGGUUUUCAGUCCUUUCAGUUUUAAUAGUCCUUCCCUUUGAGUGACUAUUUUGUGGGAUCUGAGACCAGGGCUCAUUUAAUAAAUCAGAAGCUAUCUUUUUCUGACAAGUUGCUACAUGGUUUAUCUGAUCCUGAGCUGUAGAAAUGGCAUCAGGACCAGUCUCCUAACAGUGGCCCUGGUGUCUGAGGGAGUCAUCAUGACUCGGAAACAGGUAUUGGUCCCAAGGCUAGCUCAAAGUUCUGUCCCAUGAUCUAGGCCCUGGGACUAUCUCUUUUUGUACCUUAACUGUAGUCUCACUGACUAAAGCAGAGGGUAGAGACAGAUUAAGACCAUAGGGUCAGAUCAGCGAGCCCCCAAUAGGAGAGCAGCUUUGGGUUGGCUAGAUACAUUAAAAACAACAACAACAACAACAAAACAAGGCUGUUUCCACCUGGCAUAGUUCAAGGGUAGGUAGUAGGUUCUCUAUGUUCUUGUCACUGCUCCAGCACUAGAUGAAGACAUCUUACAGCUCCACCCUAAAUAAGAUCUCCACAUUUACUUCAGACUCAAGCUUGUGAGUGUGGCGUCUUCCUUGUGUCCCUUCUCUGCAAGGUACCAGCUCCACCCAUUCUGAAUUUAAGAAAAUGUAUCUGAGCAAUUUCUGAUUUCUAGGGUUCUCUCUACUGCCAGUUAGAUCUUUGUGAGGUUUCCAUGCUUCAUAAACCAGAAGUCCAUUCUUGGUCCUUUGCUGCCAACUGCUCAUUCUUGACUUAGCUCUAGCCGUUUGUGACAACCACCCUUGUUUCCUUACAAAUCCUCGCAUGUAACUUUGGUACUCUUGUUGUUUCUUGUGAAGAAUCUAUUCUGUUGUCUUUGGUGUAAUAAGAAAUUCAUGUAGUUUAUGUAAAAAUAACUGACUCAGAAGGAAGCCAACUGUGUCUUGUGUUGGAACAAUUCAUAAUGUAAUUUCUAGACCACUUUUGCAAAUUGUUCUUGUCAUCAGAUGUGUUCAGACAUUGCUGUGCAGUUGUGGGGAAGGGUGGGGGGACAGUAAGGUGAGAACAUUGUUGGGGCUUUUUCUUUUUUUAACCUUCUCCAAGACUUGGAAUGGUCAGCCGACUCGCUCCAGAUGCAAUAAAGACAUUGCAGUGAA